AGAGGGGGAGCACUUGAGUCGCAGCGGUCUCAUCAGAAAAUCUCGUUCUUUCAAGUGAUAGCCGGACACUUUCACUUGGCGGUUGGACAGACCUCGCAGACAUGUCGAAUAACAGCGCAAACAGCAGUAACUUGGUUAUCGCUCAGAAGGUGGUAAAACAACUUCGCCUAGAGGCGAGUGUUCGCAGGAUCAAGGUGUCCCAGGCAGCAGCGGACCUGAAGACCUUCUGCCUGCAGAACGCCCAUAAAGACCCUCUCCUCAUGGGGGUGCCCUCCAGCGACAACCCCUUCAGACCCCCCAAGUCCUGCGCCCUCUUCUGAGGCGAUGGUGAUGAUGGAGGCUUGUAAAACACGUCUGAACAUUCCCCAAGGAUGCCUUUCAAUUCCAAGCCCCUGGCGUCUCCUACACCCUUCCCCACUACGUCCAGUCACUGAAGACCUCAAGACCAGAACACAAUCACAGGCAUUAACCCUAUGCUGAGUGAGUUUUGACAUGUGUUCUGUUCUGUUCUACAGCUCAAUAAGGAUAAAAUUUGCAGUAUUUUCACAAUGCAAAGUUCCACACAAACUCGCCUUAACACUGUCACUGUGAUUUUUGUCAGAUGAAAUUGUGAAGCAUUUCAAUAAGUGUAAUAUAUGAUUCUCUGCUAAAAGUGUGGUGACUCCAUGAGCCUCAAGAGAAUUUAGUCUUUUGACAGAAAUUUUGCGCGCAUUCUCAUGUGUUAAACACUCGACUACACUGUUAAGAUCCUCAGUUGACAGUUAAACCACUGUGAUGCAAAAUUUAAUUCAAAAGAAAAUGGUGUUACUAUGUCUUGAAAAGAGUGACUCAGAUGUUAGAGGUUUCUUAUGGGUGUUGGCAUAUAGAGAUCUCAAACUCAGGUCAUGCAAAAGAUCUGUUUCAAUGCUGGUUUUGUGGUGUUGCUCAGUCAACAUCAGAAUAAUGAUAUGAAGGAUCAUAACAAGAAUAUUAGGAUUAGUGUACUGACACUAUAAGUAUAAUUGCUGUGUAUCAUCAUUAUAAAUAAGCCUGAUCUCAGGACACUCAGUGGAAAGAGACUGCAACUCCAUUGGUGCAUCUAAGUUCAAGUAAGGACACAUUCUAAAUGGUUUAAAGUCAUUUUUGGGUUCCCCACCCCUUUUACCUUUUACUCUUUGCGUACUGCUUCAAACUAAUGUGCCUUAGUAUGUGCCAAACCUCUGGUAAUUUAAAUGCCCCGGUUUUAACACGAGACCUGUUGAUUCCUAAAUCUGCAUUUACUUUCCCACUUGAUUAAUCAGAAACACUUAAAGAGGACCUGAAGAAGUUGAAAAACAACACCAGAGAAUGAGUCAUGUUUAGGAACCAUACUGUGUUCUUAUUACAACAUGAAGUGUUGCUAAAAACUGGAGAACAGUCCUUCAACAUGUUCCAAUACCCAGAAACAUGUCUUCAAUAAUGUCCUCAGACUUGACCACUGAUAGGUGAAAGGACGAGGCCUACAUAGAUUUUCACAGUACUAUUAGUCUUGCCUACCAAGUCCUUUCAAAUCAGUGGCCAUGCAGGAAAGGAGAUGGAGGAACGCAAGCUCUUUUCACUAUGGUGACAGAGACUGAGCUCUGAAUUCCUCUGACGUUAUAAUAAAGUGAACAGAGAACCUUUGAGGACUACAGUGUCUAUAAUGCAUGGGGAAAGCAGAGCACCUCUUUUUACAAAUAUUAGUCACUGAAAUGCUCUGGUGGAUGGAUUCAUACAUGUGGAAAACACUGUCAUCCUGUUGUGCCUUAACGUUUCUUUUGUGUGUAUUUGUCUUAGAAUGGUACCGUGACAUGUAUUGACUGAAAAUUUUAAUAAAAUGUAUAAUUUCACCUUCAA